AUGCUGCCAUCAUUAAUCGGCAGCAGCAGCCGGUGGCGGGCCAGUGCUCUCUCAUUCACUUUCCCUCCCACCGCUCUCCACCCCUGCGCACCUCUUCAUGCUGCCAUCAUUAAUCGGCAGCAGCAGCCGGUGGCGGGUCUGCAGGAGGUGUUUGAGAGAGUUGCGCGACCACACAGGCCAGUGCUCUCUCAUUCACUUUCCCUCCCACCGCUCUCCACCCCUGCGCACCUCUUCAUGCUGCCAUCAUUAAUCGGCAGCAGCAGCCGGUGGCGGGCCAGUGCUCUCUCAUUCACUUUCCCUCCCACCGCUCUCCACCCCUGCGCACCUCUUCAUGCUGCCAUCAUUAAUCGGCAGCAGCAGCCGGUGGCGGGUCUGCAGGAGGUGUUUGAGAGAGUUGCGCGACCACACAGGCCAGUGCUCUCUCAUUCACUUUCCCUCCCACCGCUCUCCACCCCUGCGCACCUCUUCAUGCUGCCAUCAUUAAUCGGCAGCAGCAGCCGGUGGCGGGCCAGUGCUCUCUCAUUCACUUUCCCUCCCACCGCUCUCCACCCCUGCGCACCUCUUCAUGCUGCCAUCAUUAAUCGGCAGCAGCAGCCGGUGGCGGGUCUGCAGGAGGUGUUUGAGAGAGUUGCGCGACCACACAGGCCAGUGCUCUCUCAUUCACUUUCCCUCCCACCGCUCUCCACCCCUGCGCACCUCUUCAUGCUGCCAUCAUUAAUCGGCAGCAGCAGCCGGUGGCGGGCCAGUGCUCUCUCAUUCACUUUCCCUCCCACCGCUCUCCACCCCUGCGCACCUCUUCAUGCUGCCAUCAUUAAUCGGCAGCAGCAGCCGGUGGCGGGUCUGCAGGAGGUGUUUGAGAGAGUUGCGCGACCACACAGGCCAGUGCUCUCUCAUUCACUUUCCCUCCCACCGCUCUCCACCCCUGCGCACCUCUUCAUGCUGCCAUCAUUAAUCGGCAGCAGCAGCCGGUGGCGGGCCAGUGCUCUCUCAUUCACUUUCCCUCCCACCGCUCUCCACCCCUGCGCACCUCUUCAUGCUGCCAUCAUUAAUCGGCAGCAGCAGCCGGUGGCGGGUCUGCAGGAGGUGUUUGAGAGAGUUGCGCGACCACACAGGCCAGUGCUCUCUCAUUCACUUUCCCUCCCACCGCUCUCCACCCCUGCGCACCUCUUCAUGCUGCCAUCAUUAAUCGGCAGCAGCAGCCGGUGGCGGGCCAGUGCUCUCUCAUUCACUUUCCCUCCCACCACUCUCCACCCCUGCGCACCUCUUCAUGCUGCCAUCAUUAAUCGGCAGCAGCAGCCGGUGGCGGGUCUGCAGGAGGCCAGUGCUCUCUCAUUCACUUUCCCUCCCACCGCUCUCCACCCCUGCGCACCUCUUCAUGCUGCCAUCAUUAAUCGGCAGCAGCAGCCGGUGGCGGGUCUGCAGGAGGCCAGUGCUCUCUCAUUCACUUUCCCUCCCACCGCUCUCCACCCCUGCGCACCUCUUCAUGCUGCCAUCAUUAAUCGGCAGCAGCAGCCGGUGGCGGGUCUGCAGGAGGUGUUUGAGAGAGUUGCGCGACCACACAGGCCAGUGCUCUCUCAUUCACUUUCCCUCCCACCGCUCUCCACCCCUGUGCACCUCUUCAUGCUGCCAUCAUUAAUCGGCAGCAGCAGCCGGUGGCGGGCCAGUGCUCUCUCAUUCACUUUCCCUCCCACCGCUCUCCACCCCUGCGCACCUCUUCAUGCUGCCAUCAUUAAUCGGCAGCAGCAGCCGGUGGCGGGUCUGCAGGAGGUGUUUGAGAGAGUUGCGCGACCACACAGGCCAGUGCUCUCUCAUUCACUUUCCCUCCCACCGCUCUCCACCCCUGCGCACCUCUUCAUGCUGCCAUCAUUAAUCGGCAGCAGCAGCCGGUGGCGGGCCAGUGCUCUCUCAUUCACUUUCCCUCCCACCGCUCUCCACCCCUGCGCACCUCUUCAUGCUGCCAUCAUUAAUCGGCAGCAGCAGCCGGUGGCGGGUCUGCAGGAGGUGUUUGAGAGAGUUGCGCGACCACACAGGCCAGUGCUCUCUCAUUCACUUUCCCUCCCACCGCUCUCCACCCCUGUGCACCUCUUCAUGCUGCCAUCAUUAAUCGGCAGCAGCAGCCGGUGGCGGGCCAGUGCUCUCUCAUUCACUUUCCCUCCCACCGCUCUCCACCCCUGCGCACCUCUUCAUGCUGCCAUCAUUAAUCGGCAGCAGCAGCCGGUGGCGGGUCUGCAGGAGGUGUUUGAGAGAGUUGCGCGACCACACAGGCCAGUGCUCUCUCAUUCACUUUCCCUCCCACCGCUCUCCACCCCUGCGCACCUCUUCAUGCUGCCAUCAUUAAUCGGCAGCAGCAGCCGGUGGCGGGCCAGUGCUCUCUCAUUCACUUUCCCUCCCACCGCUCUCCACCCCUGCGCACCUCUUCAUGCUGCCAUCAUUAAUCGGCAGCAGCAGCCGGUGGCGGGUCUGCAGGAGGUGUUUGAGAGAGUUGCGCGACCACACAGGCCAGUGCUCUCUCAUUCACUUUCCCUCCCACCGCUCUCCACCCCUGCGCACCUCUUCAUGCUGCCAUCAUUAAUCGGCAGCAGCAGCCGGUGGCGGGCCAGUGCUCUCUCAUUCACUUUCCCUCCCACCGCUCUCCACCCCUGCGCACCUCUUCAUGCUGCCAUCAUUAAUCGGCAGCAGCAGCCGGUGGCGGGUCUGCAGGAGGUGUUUGAGAGAGUUGCGCGACCACACAGGCCAGUGCUCUCUCAUUCACUUUCCCUCCCACCGCUCUCCACCCCUGCGCACCUCUUCAUGCUGCCAUCAUUAAUCGGCAGCAGCAGCCGGUGGCGGGCCAGUGCUCUCUCAUUCACUUUCCCUCCCACCACUCUCCACCCCUGCGCACCUCUUCAUGCUGCCAUCAUUAAUCGGCAGCAGCAGCCGGUGGCGGGUCUGCAGGAGGCCAGUGCUCUCUCAUUCACUUUCCCUCCCACCGCUCUCCACCCCUGCGCACCUCUUCAUGCUGCCAUCAUUAAUCGGCAGCAGCAGCCGGUGGCGGGUCUGCAGGAGGUGUUUGAGAGAGUUGCGCGACCACACAGGCCAGUGCUCUCUCAUUCACUUUCCCUCCCACCGCUCUCCACCCCUGCGCACCUCUUCAUGCUGCCAUCAUUAAUCGGCAGCAGCAGCCGGUGGCGGGCCAGUGCUCUCUCAUUCACUUUCCCUCCCACCGCUCUCCACCCCUGCGCACCUCUUCAUGCUGCCAUCAUUAAUCGGCAGCAGCAGCCGGUGGCGGGUCUGCAGGAGGUGUUUGAGAGAGUUGCGCGACCACACAGGCCAGUGCUCUCUCAUUCACUUUCCCUCCCACCGCUCUCCACCCCUGCGCACCUCUUCAUGCUGCCAUCAUUAAUCGGCAGCAGCAGCCGGUGGCGGGUCUGCAGGAGGUGUUUGAGAGAGUUGCGCGACCACACAGGCCAGUGCUCUCUCAUUCACUUUCCCUCCCACCGCUCUCCACCCCUGCGCACCUCUUCAUGCUGCCAUCAUUAA